AAAAUGUGCUAGACGAUGAUAAUGAAGAAUCAGACAUAUGUUCCCAAUCCAACCAUAUUCAAAAUAUAAAGCUGAAAAAGCCAAUAAUUUCUUAUAAGCAAAUAAUUAAAACUGACACAGCUUUAUUUCGUUCUGACUUGGCUCUUGCUUAUCAAGAUUUCGGAUAUAAUGCAUCGCUAAUUAGCAAGUAUUAUGGCUUUUAUGAAAGCGCAUCCUAUACGCAAAAUGAUGGUUACACUGAAAUUAAAUACCAUUUGCAUAAGAAUGAUGUGGUAACAAUUCGAGUGAAUAAUUAUGAAGGUUAUGCGAUGGUUAAAGGUAUCUUUAAGCACAAGAACAAUGACGGCAGUUAUUACCCGUUUGUUUAUGUUGAUUGGUUUGAAGAUACAUCGAGAAAACACAUAAAAGUAAAUUGUCCGAUAUUUGUUCUUCAUCAAGAUACUUCACGUCGCAGAAUUUUUUCUUUAACAAACGUGGAUGGA